UUAGGUGCCUUUCUACCGGGGCAUUGGAGCAUAUAUAGACGGAUAGACCUACUUUGAAUACGAUUCUCUUAAGCCAUUAUUUGAGCAGAUUCACUUUCUUGGUAACAAGGAACCUUGCCUUUUCCCCUAACUUUAGUGAAGAAUUCUUCCAAACCUAAUUAUACGAUCCGUAAACAGCAACACUUCUAGCAUGAUGUACUCAUAAAUUAUUCAAUCUUUGAAAGACAGAGGAAGUAGUUGAUUAGACUUUCAUAACAUAACGACCAUGUACCGAGUCAUCACAUGGGUAGGGGUCAAGUCUUAUAUUUGCUACUUACAAAAUCAAGUUUAAUUAAUCCUUAUUGGUGUUCAGGAACCAUUAUUAAAAUGGGGUUUGUUCAUUCAACUUCAGUUUUGUGCUUUAAUAGACCAAGUACACAAAAAAAAAAAAAAAAAAAAUCCAUUCUAUUACAAUCUUUAAACUAAGAAUUGUUGAAGCAUUCUCAUCAUUCAAUCUUUAAAACUCUUUGUUUUUGUGAUCCAAUUUUAAAUUACUACUUCAAAGCAUUAUAUUUGAAUAAAAUAUGACAACUACUGACCCCUCUAAUAAUUGUAUAUGUGACUAUUAUUUUCAGGAGGAAGGACAACUUUUAACCGGUAAUUACGUGAAACCCGCCAUAAAAAUGAAUUGGUGGUCAUCAAUUUGAAUAUUUGUUGAUAUACUAUGCCACGGUCAUAAUGUUCUAGGGUCAAUGGCAGUUCAAAAUUGGCAUCUUUUUCUUACUAUUUAUACCCAAUGUAUGUAUUUUCACGGCACCCUCUCACUUGAAACCAUCAAAGUCCCCUUCAAUUUUUGACCCAGUUUGUUCUUCCUUGACCCGCUUCUAUUAUCCUAGAGUGAUCCAUGCUUAUAUAAAUAUCUUUUGAUCCUCCAAAUAUAUAACAUAUCAAGCUCUCGAGCACAAGGAAAGUCUUUCAUAACUCGAAAACAAAACUUGAAAGCAAGAUGGGAAAAGCAUUGGAUGUUUUACUAGGAAGAAAAUCUUCAAAGUUAAGUAGUUUGCUAGAGCAUGCUAUCACUAGGAACUCGUAUCUCAAGAAUCGGCAACAAGCACUCUUCUCCAUUUCUCAGUCCGAUGUUAUCCAACUCCUCAAUCUCGGUCAUCAAGAACAAGCUCUUCUUCGAGUUGAGCAUGUGAUAAAGAGCAAGAACAUGUUGGAUGCUUUUGACAUGAUAGAAUCUUACUGCCAUCUUCUUAAGCAAAACAUGUCAUUGAUUGAAAAAAACAAGGAUUGCCCAGAUGAUCUAAAGGAGGCCAUAGGAAGCUUAAUUUACGCGUCUUCAAGGUUUGGAGUUUUCCCUGAACUACUGCACAUCCGAGAUUUUUUCAGUUCAAAGUUUGGGCAGGAAUUUGUGUCUCAAUCACUUGAUUCUCCUAGAAAUUUUGGUGUCAAUGAAAAGAUUAUACAGAAGCUAUCAAGAAGAAAACCAAGUUUGGAAACCCAAAUGAGCUUUCUUAGGGAAAUUGCAUCCAACAAUGGCAUCAGUUUGCAGUUACGCUGAGAUGAUCGUAAUAACCCCAUUCCUAAAAUAUGCAUCUAAAAAAACCAUUUCUGACUGAACCGUCGAAGGCAAAAACAGGGCUAAUCUUCUUUUUUCUUUUUUUAAAAAAAGGGAAAUCCUCAAUUCAAGAUUAGAGGAUUUGGAGUGUUCUAACCUACAUAUUUGUGAUCGAAAAUUGAAGAGUGAGGUUGAAAUGCACUGCAACUUAAAGGGGGUUUCUCUAUGGUUGAUCUUGACUCGGAACAAGCUAACAUGCAACCGUGGAAGCUCCACCGUUUGGACGUGAAACUGUAUAUUAUAACCACAAUCUUACACAGAGUACGUAGUAGAAGCUAUCGCUGUGUUUUUAAGCCUUUUCAGUUCUCUUAUGAUAACAUAUUUUGUUACUCAUAUUGAGUAACUUGAAUAUCCUCCUUAUGAUAAUCAAUAAACACUUGUAUAUUUUUGUAUGAUAUUAAUAAUUAUAAACGUAUAAUUUAGUACCUCUUACAUGGGUUAGGAAAGAUAGGUCUAGCCAUCUGUUUUGUUCUAUAAUAAUGCGAUGCUAAAUACUUCUUCCGUUA